CUGUACAAGAACGUCAUGAUGGAGGAUCACCAGCCCCUCACAUCAUCAGUUAAAGAAGAGAGAACAACACUGGAGAGAUGUCCCAGCCCUCUUCUUCUACAGGAUGGUUCAGAAGAACAUCAAAAUGCUCCAUAUGAUGAUCAGCUUUUAAAUCUGCGUAAAGAUCUGAACAAUAUUAAGGCUGAAGAUACAUAUGUGAGGAGUGAUGAGCAGAUCAUAGAGGACAUUCCCACCGAUAACCACCCAGCAGAUUACUGUACCAGGAGCUCAGAGGAACAUGUGAUAUCAUCAGAUUUCAGAACAGAUGAUUGUGGUGUCACAGAAGAUAAACAUGAAAAGUAUGCCAUUAUCCCAGAUGUACCCUUGGUGUUUGACACAAAAGAUCUAUCAUCUGAUCCUUUGGAUGGAUUUCAAUCUUUUGAUUUAUCACAGACUGUUAAGCAACUUAAAAGUCACAGAAGAAAUGUUCAACAUCAAAGAACUCACACAAGAAAGAAGACUUUUUCAUGCUCUGAAUGUGGGAAAUGUCUUACCUAUAAAUCAGAUCUGGUUAAACAUCAGAGAAUUCACACAGGGUUGAAGCCAUUUUCAUGCUCAGAAUGUGGGAGAGGGUUUAACUAUAAAUCACAUCUUAAUAUACAUGAGAGAAUUCACACAGGGUUGAAGCCAUUUUCAUGCUCAGAAUGUGGGAGACGGUUUAACUAUAAAUUAGAUCUUGUUAAACAUCUGACAGUUCACACAGGGGAGCAGCCAUAUUCAUGCUCAGAAUGUGAAAAACGUUUUAGCCAUAAAUCACAACUUGUUAGACAUCAGAGAAGUCACACAGGGGAGAAGCCAUUUUCAUGCUCAACUUGUGAAAAACGUUUUAGCCAUAAAUCACAACUUGUUAGACAUCAGAGAAUUCACACAGGGGAGAAGCCAUUUUCAUGCUCAGAAUGUGGGAAAUAUUUUAAUCAGAAAUCAGAUCUUGUUAGACAUCAGAGAAUUCACACAGGCAAGAAGCCAUAUUCAUGUUCAGAACGUGAAAAAUGUUUUAAUCAGAAAUCAGAUCUAGUUAAACAUCUGAAAAUUCACACAGGGAAGAAGCCAUUUUAAUGUUCAGAAUUUGGU